GAUCACGUAGAGAGAGAAGAAAGUCACUAUUUUGAAAGCGAAAGGAUCAAGAAAAGAAAGGCUAUUCUUUCGUUUUUGGAACUCAGCUUAGCUCAGCUAUUUCCAUGGCAUUGCUUUCCAAGUUUUUCUAAUUUCUUCUUCUUUGCCUCAACUGGUCAAUAUCGCCAUCUCUGAAUUCAUCGAUCCUUCCUUCUCUGCUUAUAAAAUGGCUUCCACGUUACCAACUUUUUCAAAUCUUUCAAAUUCAAUUUUGUUCUUCAAGAAAUCAUCUUUUAUUAUUGGCCAAGUUUUAAACAAUGAAAUCCAUUUCUAGUUCUUCUGCUAUCGCUGCUCCCAAAUUUCGCUGCUUUGAUCCUUCUAAUGGUCAUUCUGUUUCCAAUUCUAAUUAUCAUUCCAAUCCCUCUGUUGUGAACUCCAACGGCAAUUCAAACGGUUAUUACAACGGUUCAGGACUCUCCUCCAUGGAAUUCCCCAGCAAAUCGGAACCGGAACGUAAGAUCGUCACUGGUGAUUAUGGAUAUGUUCUUGAAGAUGUUCCCCACUUGACUGAUUACCUCCCUCAUCUCCCUAACUAUCCCAAUCCAUUGCAAGACAAUCCUGCAUACUCUGUUGUUAAGCAAUAUUUUGUUAACCAGGAUGAUACUGUCCCACAGAAGAUUGUGGUUCACAAGAAUAGUCCAAGAGGAACACAUUUUCGACGUGCUGGACCACGUCAAAAGGUGUAUUUUGAGUCAGAUGAAGUGCGUGCCUGUAUCGUAACAUGUGGUGGUCUUUGCCCUGGGCUUAACACAGUCAUUAGGGAAAUAGUGUGUGGUCUUCACCACAUGUAUGGUGUGAACGAAGUACUUGGGAUAGAGGGAGGAUACAGGGGUUUCUAUGCUCGAAAUACUGUUCCUUUAACACCCAAAAUUGUCAAUGACAUUCAUAAACGUGGUGGCACCAUCCUUGGAACAUCACGAGGAGGACAUAAUACCCAAAAGAUAGUGGACAGCAUUCAGGACCGUGGCAUUAAUCAGGUGUAUAUAAUUGGAGGAGAUGGGACUCAAAAGGGGGCAUUUUUAAUUUUUCAGGAAAUUAAAAGGCGUGGUCUCAAGGUUGCUGUUGCAGGAAUCCCUAAGACAAUCGAUAACGAUAUUCCGGUUAUUGACAAGUCCUUUGGGUUUGACACUGCGGUUGAAGAAGCUCAGCGUGCCAUUAAUGCGGCUCAUGUUGAGGCUGAAAGUAUUGAGAAUGGUGUUGGUGUCGUGAAGUUGAUGGGUCGCAAUAGCGGAUUCAUUGCAAUGUAUGCCACUCUUGCCAGCCGAGAUGUAGACUGUUGCUUGAUACCAGAAUCACCAUUUUAUCUUGAAGGACCUGGUGGGCUUUUUGAAUUCAUGGAGAAACGGCUUAAAGAAAGUGGGCACAUGGUUAUUGUUAUAGCUGAGGGCGCUGGACAGGAUCUUGUUUCUGAAAGCAUGAAAUCCAUGGAUCAGAAGGAUGCCUCAGGAAACAAGCUACUGCAAGAUGUUGGUCUGUGGAUAUCUGAGAAGAUCAAGGAUCAUUUCAAAAAAAAGUGUAAGCUGUCCAUCAAUCUGAAAUAUAUAGAUCCUACGUAUAUGAUCCGUGCUGUUCCAAGUAUUGCGUCCGACAAUGUGUACUGCACACUGCUUGCGCAAAGUGCUGUCCAUGGUGCAAUGGCAGGGUACACAGGCUUUAUAGUUGGACCUGUCAAUGGAAGACAUGCUUACAUACCCUUCUAUUGUGUGACGGAGACGCAGAACAAGGUUGUGAUAACUGACAGGAUGUGGGCAAGAUUGUUGUCAUCAACAAACCAACCAAGCUUUUUGAGUGAUAAAGAUGUUGUGGAAGCCAAGAAAGAGGAAGAACCACCAACACAACUGUUGAAAGGAGAUAACCCUGUGGUACCUGUGGCUAACGGCAAGUUGGAGUAGGCAGUGAGUAAUCUAGUGGACUGACUAUUAUCCGUCUUUCAGGGCUGCUUUUGUUUUCAUAGGAAGCACUAGAAUUCAUCUCAAUCCACCUAUUGAUUUUGGUGGAACUGAGUGUCCUAUAAAUCUUGCUUUUUUACAUUGAGAGAUCCUUUGUGCUCGUCUCCACAAGUUGUAUCUAUAAAGUUAAAAUUAAUUUUCCUCAGGUGUCACCGUGUAGUGUGCAGUUGAUGUGGCCAUUUUGACCGAUGGAUAGAGGUCAAGGUCAGGAUUAGUCACGUAUAAAAUUUCAGAGCCUUAUUCAAUUAAAUAACUUUUAUCUA